AUGGUAUUUGGAGUAACAGAUUCUUUGGCGUAUGCUUUUAGAAGCUAUGUACUUAUGUUCAUUUUAGCGUCAAUCGGUGUAUUCACUGUCUAUAAUAUGCGUGUUAAUGUUCAAGAUAAAAUUACAAGUGCUCCUUUAUUAGAUAGUUUUAUUUUUGGAUAUACACCGGAAGAAGCAAUGAAGGUGCUAAACAAGAUGAGCUCUUAUGAGCUGAGUAUAUACCAAUCAUUUUAUACCAAUGGUUACGAUAUUGUACUGCCAUUCGUUAUUACAGGUGUACAACUAGGACUAAUGGCAUUUACCUAUCCUAUUAUGGGUUUGAAAGUAUUUAAACUCGUAAUGUUCCUACCACUUAUCUAUUUAGUUUGUGAUCUAUCAGAGAAUUAUAUUCACUAUGUAGUUUUAACAUUAAUGCCAAUGAGACAUAAACUACAAAGUCAUAUGAAUGAUUUAUUGUUCAUCAGUGGAUGGGCUGACCUCUUUAAAUAUAUAUUUUUCUUUUCCGGUAUAUUCUUUAUUCUAAUUGGUAUUGUCAGUAAAUUCAUUGGUUAUAUCGUUGGACUAUUCGGUGGAUCAUCUAAUAAAUCUAAAAAACCGACAAACAACAAAUUGAAAUCUACAUAA